AUGGAGAUGGUGGAAGCAGACAGCUCUACUAGCAAAACAUACAGUCUGAAUCCAAGUCGAAUAAGCAAUGAAGACAUUUUAUUUUGCAUUGAUGUAGAUCCAGAAUCUCUCGUGGAAAUGAAAUCCACAGGACCCGGUGGUAAACCCCUCACUAGAUUGGACUCCAUCAAGCAAGCUAUUCUUGUCUUUAUCAACGCCAAGCUCUCUAUCAACCCUGAUCACCGCUUCGCUUUUGCCACUCUCGCCAAAACCGCUUCUUGGCUGCGGAAAGAGUUCAGCAAUGAUGUUGAGUCUGCAGCUGCUGCUCUUAGGGGGCUCUCAGCUACAUCAUCUUCAUCUUCUGGUCCACCUGACCUUACUCAAUUAUUCCGUGUAGCAGCUCAUGAAGCAAAGAAAUCCCAUGCACAAAAUCGGAUAUUGAGAGUGAUUCUGAUGUACUGCAGAUCAUCUAUACGACCACAACAUCAAUGGCCUAUUAGCCAGAAACUCUUCACAUUUGAUGUGAUGUACCUCCAUGACAAACCUGGACCUGACAACUGCCCCCAGGAGGUUUAUGAUGCACUUGUUGAUACUCUCGAACAUGUUACUCAGUAUGAGGGCUACAUCUACGAGACUGGGCAAGGGGUGCGGAUCCUCCUCCGUUACAUGUCAGUGCUGUUGUCGCACCCUCAGCAGCGUUGCACACAAGAUACAAUGGACUUGCCCAAGUCGCUUACAAAAAAAUCACCUUCGUCCGAUCCAGCUAAUGGUGAAGAUGGUGCUCCAAUAUCCAGCCAAUGA